UCAUACGCUUAUGACCACAAGCGAAUCAACUUCCCCGAGUAAAAUAUGUGCAUGCCCUCCUUUACAGUCAUUUAACAACAAGUCAGGCAUUUCAAAAUCAUCCCUUGCCGCGAUGGACCUUACACAGCAUAUUUGAGCCGUAUGAAGAAGGAAGAAGAUACCACAAGGUACGAAAAGAUUUUCACAUGAUUGUACACUUAGCUGAAGGAAAACAGAAAAGCUGCAUGAAGAUCUACUUUUAGAAUUACCUGCUUAGAAGAAAUUGGAUCCAAUCUACACUCUGCAAAGACUGCUAAACUUUUAUGAUAAUGAGGCCGGUAUAAGCAAGCCUGGAAAAGAAGUUUGUCGGCGGAUGACAACAUUGAAAACCUGUACAAAGGUAGAAAAAUGAAUCCUACCUCAAAUUCUUAUGUCCCGACGCCUAUAAAUCAAAACUACCAUAUGGCUAAUUUCACUAAACAUUCCACCAACUCCACCUCAACAGACAAUUCUUCAAUGUGUUCAAUGGAAGAGACAUCAGUUGGUGCUGCUUUAGUGGUUUUUUAUUCUUUCAUUUUUAUUGUGGGAUUGUUAGGAAACAUGUUGGCCUUAUAUGUGUUUCUGUUCAUCCACAACAAAAGAAACUCUGUACAAAUUUAUCUCCUCAACGCGGCAAUCGCUGACCUGCUACUGAUUUUCUGUCUUCCAUUCCGGAUAAUGUAUCACAUCACCGAGGAGUGGAAACUGGGGGUUGUAUUCUGUAAAGUUGUUGGCAACCUAUUUUACAUGAACAUGUAUAUUAGUAUUGUCCUUUUGGGUCUCAUCAGUAUGGAUCGCUACAUAAAAGUUAAAAAGUCACAGCGAACACGGAAAGUUUCAAGAAGGAAAUGCAGCAUUCAGAUCUGCUGCAGCUUGUGGGUGGCAUCCAUUUUGUCUGGGAUCUUCCAUAUCACAACACAGUCAACCAAGAAACAAUCAAAUGAAAAUGUUUGCUUUCAUUAUACCAACAGGAACGAUGCAGUUUGGCAAGCAGCAUUUAAUUACUUUAUUGUACUAAUCUUCUGGAUAGUGUUUAUUAUGCUGAUCCUGUCAUAUGUGAAGAUAGGCAAGAACCUACGCAAGAUUUCAAGAGAGCGUGCCUACCUACCAAAUGCUGGGAAAUAUAAAAAUACAGCUUAUAAGUCAUUUUUUGUCCUUUUCAUCUUUACCCUGUGCUUUGUACCGUAUCACACCUUUAGGAUUGUAUAUAUUACAACACAACUGCAAAAUAUCUCAUGCUAUUGGAUAGAGCGAGUUCACAAAACAAACGAGAUCACGUUGGUGUUUUCAGCUUUCAAUAGCUGCCUGGACCCGGUCAUGUAUUUUCUAUUGUCUAGCAGCGUUCGUAAAACAGUGUUCCGCCUGCUCUGUAAAAGCAAUCGGGAUAGUAGCAGGAGUGAAAGCAACACAUCGGACCUCCAUCAUGGAUAUACUCUACCCGAUAGUGUGCCCACUGUGCACUCUCAGACUGCCACUCCUCUUAAUCAAAGAAGAAUCAUCAUAAAACAAAGUGAAAACAUUUAACAAAAAAAAUACUUUUUAAUAAAACCAAAGUGUGGAUUUACUUUUCAAAAAGACAAGCCACAUCUCUCUUACCUGUGCUUCCUAUUCUUCAACUAAACAAAAAAUUAUUCUUUAAAGCAGGAGUCUCAAAACUUGGUAAACAAUGGACCAGUUUACCGUCAUUCAGACUUUAGGGGGAACGAACAGUGGCCAUUGAAAAAUAAUGCCCCAUUGUUUCAGUGGUAGUAAUUGUGCCC